AGCCUUAUGUUUAUUUAUAAGUAGCGAUGAUUAGAUGAGCAUUUCUAUUUAUUUAUAUACGUCCAGUCUAAAAAUUAACAAACGUAGCCUGCGGUUUAAAACAAAUAACCUGCAGAAUUACAAAACAUUUGACUGAUAGAAAUUUGAGCCCAUGGAUAAGUCUAAGAACUUUCGAAUCGAUGCUUUACUGGCGGAGGAAUCGCAACGGAUAAUUCGGGACGGUUCUCCGCGCAGUGAUCCAGACGAAACCAAGCCCUUGAUAUGCAAACGGCCAGAAAAUUCUCCUCUUCGAGGUAGUUCGGGUGCAGUCCAGCAGCAAACAGGAAUCGUACCCAAACCCGGCUUGCUGAACAUCUCCCAUCCGGGACUAACUUCUUUAUCCCAAGGAACGAUGCCAGGAAUGUAUCCCGCGCCUAUGUACUCUAUUACGGCUCUAGGAGCGCAGCAUCCCGCUUUCACGUACUCCGGAUUUACGCAGCCCUAUCCGGAGCACCUGAAAGCAGCGGCCAUCGCGGGACAGUUCCCCUUAGAGCACUGGUUACGGGCCGGAAUAAUGAUGCCUCGACUUGCAGAUUUUAAUGGGUCACCCCAGUCAGGAGUCAUGGGCAAGUGCCGAAGACCUCGCACUGCCUUCACCAGCCAGCAGCUUCUGGAGCUGGAAAACCAGUUCAAAGUGAACAAGUACCUGUCCCGACCCAAGCGCUUUGAAGUGGCCACCUCACUAAUGCUGACUGAAACACAGGUUAAGAUCUGGUUCCAGAACCGGCGCAUGAAGUGGAAACGCAGCCGCAAAGCCAAAGAGCAGGCGCCGCAGCUGGAGGCCGACAGCGGCAAGCGAGCCGGCAAAGCCGGAGACGGCCGCCGCUGCAGCGCCCACGACGAUGACGAGGAGCUGGAAGAGGAAGAGGAAGAGGACGAAGGGUUUGGAGGGCCCCUAAGUACUGCAGUGGGUCUCUCGCAUGCCGCAGACUUUCUCCAACACAGUUCUGAACUAAGUUACAGCUCUCAUGGGUCUUAUUCAGACGACGACCUGGAGGAGAUUGGCGUGGACAGGAAACUUGGAGUUGGGCUAUGAAGAAAUGACGGCGGCUACUGCAGAUCACAGUCCUGAAUAUCCUGUAUAGUGUAAUAGCUUGAUGCAUCAGUAGCCUUUAUCAGAGAUGCCAUUCUUGCAGUGGCUGAUGUCAUUCAUCAAAAUCACUUAUACAGUCCACGUGACAGCCUUUGCAGGCUGUCAUAAGGCCAAUGAUGGCAUACUGUAAGUAUUGAUUCUCCACUUAGUGUGCACUUAAUUCCCUGGAAGCCAGCUUAUAAAAUGCUAGUUUGUCCCAAAUAGCAAUAUUUCGUGCUGUAAAAAAAAGUCUAUGUUCUCAGGCAAGCAUUUUGGAAUAGGAAAACUGUGUGAGAAGUAGGACUAAAUUUCUACUGAAUGCCAAAUGCUUACUUUUGUAUUGCAUAGACUCUGAUCUGUACUGAAAAGUGAACAAAACAGCAUGUGUAUAACUACACUGUAUUCAUGCGAGGAUUACGGUGUAAUGCUAAGCUUUUGUUACUCAGCCUUUUUCUCACUGAACCCAUGCAUUGACUGAAUAACACAGCAGAACUGGUAAAUCCUCAACAACAGCAAAAUGAAAAAAAAAAAAGUUACAGAAAAAGUUGAGCAAUGUGUUAUUUAGUCAGUAGUCUGUCAUGUUUGUUAUUGGUGUUGUCCUUUAUGAUAUUUAUGUAUUAUAGAUUAUAUCUAAUUUAUUCAUGGUAAAACAAAGCAGUAAUUAUUCUGUAACUGACAAAUGUCUGUUAAAUUAAAAGCAAAAUAAACAGAAGAAACACAAAAUUAGACUCCAUUUAUGCUGCUAAUGUUAUUUCUUUUUUAAGAUGAGCUAUUGUCUCCUUUAUACUUGUACACUUUGCAUUGCAUUAUGAAUGUGUUUUGCCUAGAAACCAGUGUCAUGCGGUUUCAGGGUUGUAAAUUCCUUUUCUCCUGUUUAACCUCCAGCUGACAACGAUAGUGAUUAAAACACUGAGCAA